CGCGGUUUUGUUUGAUCAUAUAUCUGGGUAUAUUUAUUAUUAUUUGUUUAAUUCUGCGCGCGUCCUUUUUAGCAGCGGCCAACAGCUAGCACACGAUCCCCAAACACCAGCGCAGCACCAGGAGGCAUCAGGCCCCUCCUCCUCCACCUUUCUCUUCUUCCUCCUCCUCAUCCUCCUCUUCCUUCUCUUCCUUCUCUUCCUUCUCCUCCUUCUCCUCCUUCUCCUCCUUCCUUGUUUGCAUGCUUGUCUACCUACUGUCUUUAUCCGUACCGCACCUACCUACCUUCCUGAGCUUUGCGCGCUGGGCUUUGGUCCAAUCCCAAAAUUCAAAGCGCACACCUCCCUCCUUCCAUCCCAACCCAUCCCGUCCCAUACCCAUCCCGUCCCAUACCCAUCCCAUCAUUCCCUCCUCGUGCUUCUCCACCACCUCCUCACUCCUCUCGCUUCCCGCCAAAGCGUCCGAACUAGGCACGACACCACCAGCUUCUUUUGUCGUCCGAGAAUCUGAUCUUAACCUCCCACCUCCCGCACCUACCUCACCACACUUUUCCGACCUUCAUCCACCUUCACUUCACCCCCCCCCUCGACUUCUUCUCUCGCUCUUUACCCUUAAUACCAACUUCCUCUUUACCACCCACACUCGUUUCCCACUUAUUAUAUCCCUGAACAGAAGCCUCAGUUCUUCCAUAUUUGCAUGCGACCCUGACCUCUCUUGAUUCUCUCAUCCUACAUCAUUUUACUUGGGCUUGCCUUGUAUCUCAUCAGGUCUACUUCUUUCCGUCUUUCCAUCCAAUUUUUACUGUCCGCCAAUCCCGCGCUACGCACUCUAUCUAUCCCGCAUUACUAUCACCACAGCCUCCUCGGGUACAAAUCACUACGACCAACGC